CGGAACGGUAGCGACGUAGCCUGGAUUUUCCGGCACGGCGCCUUUUACAGCUGCACCGGAGGCCUCACUUUGCCUCUUCCGGGCGCGCCUGCGCAGUUCUUUCCGGUGUCGUCGUUGCGGCUCGUGGGGUUUGCCCAGCCGGCUCCUUCCUCACCCGCAACAGCAUGGCGACAGAUUCCUGGGCGCUCGCGGUGGACGAGCAGGAAGCGGCGGCGACGUCGAGCGGAGCACAGGGAGCUGUCUCAGUACAUCUACAGAUGAGCAAUUUGCAUCUGAAGGAGGAGAAAUCCAAGCCUGACUCCAAUGGUGCAGUUCUCAGGACACAUAACAAUGCAGAGAAGACUGAAGAGGAGGAAAAAGAGGACCGAGCCGCCCAGUCAUUGCUCAACAAGCUGAUCCGUAGCAACUUGGUGGACAACACAAACCAAGUGGAGGUUCUGCAGAGGGAUCCGACAUCUCCCCUUUACUCAGUGAAGUCUUUUGAGGAGCUGCGGCUGAAGCCACAGCUGCUGCAGGGUGUCUAUGCCUUGGGUUUCAACAGACCAUCCAAGAUUCAAGAGAAUGCAUUGCCAAUGAUGCUUGCAGAGCCUCCACAGAACCUGAUUGCACAGUCCCAGUCUGGAACUGGUAAGACAGCGGCUUUUGUCUUGGCAAUGCUUAGCAGAGUGGAACCGGAGAACAGAUACCCCCAGUGUCUCUGCCUCUCUCCAACAUACGAGCUGGCUCUUCAGACGGGCAAGGUGAUCGAACAAAUGGGCAGGUUUUAUCCGGAGCUGAAACUUGCUUACGCAGUUCGAGGCAACAAAUUGGAGCGUGGCCAGAAGAUUGCUGAGCAGAUUGUCAUUGGCACACCGGGCACCGUCCUGGACUGGUGCUCCAAGCUGAAAUUCAUCGACCCCAAGAAGAUCAAAGUCUUUGUCUUGGAUGAGGCGGAUGUCAUGAUUGCCACCCAAGGACACCAAGAUCAAAGCAUCCGUAUCCAGAGGAUGCUUCCCAGAGACUGCCAGAUGCUGCUGUUUUCAGCCACCUUUGAAGACUCGGUGUGGAAGUUUGCCCAGAAAGUUGUCCCUGACCCCAACAUCAUCAAGCUGAAGCGGGAGGAGGAGACACUGGACACCAUCAAGCAAUACUACGUGCUGUGCAACAGCCGUGAGGAGAAAUUCCAUGCCCUCUGCAACAUCUAUGGCGCCAUCACGAUCGCGCAAGCAAUGAUCUUCUGCCACACUCGCAAAACGGCUGGCUGGCUGGCAGGAGAGCUCUCCAAGGAGGGUCAUCAGGUGGCCCUCUUGAGUGGUGAGAUGAUGGUGGAGCAACGGGCUGCGGUGAUUGAGCGCUUCCGGGAGGGCAAGGAGAAAGUUUUGGUGACGACGAAUGUCUGUGCCCGAGGGAUCGAUGUGGAGCAGGUCUCUGUCGUCAUCAACUUUGACCUUCCGGUUGAUAAAGAUGGGAAUCCAGACAACGAGACGUACCUUCACCGCAUCGGUCGCACAGGCCGGUUUGGCAAGAGGGGCUUGGCCGUCAACAUGGUGGACAGCAAGCACAGUUUGAGCAUCCUUAACAGAAUCCAGGAACAUUUCAACAAGAAGAUUCAUAAACUGGAUACAGAUGAUUUGGAUGAAAUUGAGAAAAUAGCAAAUUGAAACUCAAGCUGCCAGAAGUGGUGCACAAGCCCUCCCAUGGUAGCGCUCCCACUACAAUUGGAUCAGCAUCCUGAUUGGCACAAGUCUUAGCCAGUUACGUGCAAAGGGACGUUUUUAAAGUUAACAAAUACACAGAAAUUACCUCAUCUUUAAAAGAAAAAAUGUGGCUGGACUUGAUUUUUAGAGAUGUACAAACUCUGGAGAAAGAAGAAAUGUUUACAGGAACUUUUAACUUUCUUUUUCUAGUUUAGCCUUAAAAUGGGAAGAUAUCUUAAAUUCUAAAGAUGAUGCCAAAAACAUAGCCAAUCAAUAAGCAGAAGAGAGAAUAUUACAUACCUGCUUUUAUCUCUUAUUGAGAGGGGAGCAACGUUUUAACAUGGCCACGUAGUAUAUUAAAUGUUCCAACAUUUCAGUAUAGAGAGAGGACCUUUCAUUAUUUGGCAGAGAGCUCAGAAUGUGGUUUUCAUGAAAUGGCAUUUUUCACUUAGAGCUUUCUGAUUUUUCUAAACUUCUUGCACUGCUAAUUCCUUAGGUAGGUAGCCCAGAGAUACUGCUCUUUACUAGUUGAGUGGUCAUCUACUUUCAGUUCUCUCCUCCUUCUCAAGGAACCCUGGGAACUGUAUUCUAACCUGCUGCUCUCCAGAGGUUGGUUGGACUCCAACUCCCAUCAGCCCCAGCCAGCAUAGCCCAUGGUUAAGUAUGAUGGGAGGGAUAGUCCCAACAAUGUCUGGAGGGUACCAUGCUGACCGCCCCUGUGGCACCUUGAUAUCCUCAGUCACCUUGAAGGACUACCCAGAGGUUUUCCUCCCUCUCCAUUAUCCUCACAACGCUUUGAGGUAGGUUAGGCAUGAGAGACUAUGACUGGCCCAAGGUAACCUGGGAAGCUUCAUGGCUGAGUGGGGAGUUGAACCCUGGUCUCCCAGGUCUCAAUCCAACACUCUUAACAACUACAUCACACUGGCAAACAAAAAAUAAUUCUCCAUUUGUCAAGAGCACCAGGGAGAAGCUGCACUUUGUGAGCGGGUAACAAUGUAUGUGUAUGAAGAGGUAGAGGAGGUUGAAAUAUUUAUUGGGUUCUCGCACAAGGAGAAGAAAAGGCUCCAAGUUGAUUGCAAAGCUUGUGUAGUCGGUGCAGCUACAAAGUCAUGUGGAGCCUCUAUCCUGGGCCAGAUUUCAUUCAUUGUAAAAUCCACCACCAGAGUUUUAGGCAGAUAAGGAACUUCCACAUGGUUGCUGGCAAAGGCUCAGUUCCACAGGCCAGGUUGCAUUCCAGGCUUCUGUAGCAACUGAUCAGGAGGUGAGGAGAGCUUGCUCUCAUCUUUGUGUACAAUCAGCACGGUGGUGUGGCUGAUUUAGAGGUAUCUUAUUUCUGCAAAUCCCUUUUGAGAAGGGAUGAGGGACCUGUAGCCCUCCAGCUGUUGAUGGGCUACAACUCCCAUCAUCUGUGAUCAUUGUCCAUGCUGGCUGGGGCAUAAUAAUGGCAGUUGGGAGUCAAACAACAUCUGGAUGGGCCACAUCCUAUUAACAGUAGAUAUAAGCAUAUUGGGAUGGGAAACCACCAAGCAAUAUUCUAGUGUACUCAAGGUAGGCAGCUGCGUGAUCUGGCUCUUCCAGACUUGCUCUGUAUUGUUGGAAACCUGUUUUUGCCUCAGACAGACAAUGCUCACAUAAACAGACACAAAGAUCCAGAUUUCUUUUUUGGGAAGCCUCCCUCUUUGCUGGGCAGAAGGUUCUCUAUGCUGUCUGUAAGAUACCUGGCAGCAGCGUAGAUCAGUUGGAUCACCAGGAUUUGAAUGAGGAGGGUCCAAAUGUAACCUGUAACCUGCAGACUAGGGGACCUAUUUAGCUCUCCAUUCAACAUACCAAUGCUUUUGUAUGUAAAAGAGUAGGACCCUUGGAUGUUCUAAGCACCAUGAUCCCAAGGUUCCUUACGUGUCUUCCCACCUCACAUUGCUUCCUUGAAAAGUUAAGAGCGGAGUGAGAUGUAUUCGGUGGCCACUUGGUCGGUGGCCGAGAAGAAAGUGACUUUCAGCUUUUGUGACCGUCGUGUUUGAGCCUGAUUCUUUGUGGCUUUCUUGUAGUAGGGUCCUCUGCUCCAUCCAGAGUUAGGUCCUGGGCUGAAUGGAAAGGGCCCUGACUUAAGGUACCUUUUCUCAGCUGCUACACAAGAUUGCCAUAAGGUCAUAGCCAGCUGCUCUUGUUAGCAAGGACAGGACACGCGGAGAGUUCCAUCUGCACCCUGUAGCAUUGAGUACAGAUCCUUUAGUUAAGCCAAAGGUGAAAUCCCAUGUUUUGUAGAGUGCGGAGGAUUACUUUUACGCUCUCCAAAGCUCCAUGUGGAGCAAGCGAGAUGUUUGCCCAGCCGUAGGUGUCUUAAGGGCUUUGUGAGCCUUCAGUUAUUUUGUGUCCUAGAAGAAAGACCAAGCAAAAAGCUACGCUGUUAGUGAUUUGAACCUGCAUUCUGUUGUGACAAUGUAUUUGCUGUGCCUAGUAAGCAUGCUGCUUGCUCGCUCAGCUAAUUAUUUGACAUAUGUAGGGUUGUUCAGCUAUGUCCUUUGUUUGAUAUUUCAAGCAGAAUGCCUUUGCUUUGACUGCAACAGCCUUGGAAAGAUGGUUACAUCGGUACAUGUUUGCACUUUAGGGCUGGGCUGUUGCUUUAGCUAUUAUCGAUCUAGAGUUGUCUGGGGAGGAAUGGAGCGGGGGAGCCGUUGCAGUUAAAACUCAAAAGUUCACAGGACAUAGAUACCCACAGAGCAGAAGUCAUGUUUAAAACAGAGUGGUAAAAAGUGCUACUCUGUACAAUAGACAUAAGAAAUAUUUCAUCUCUGUGAUUCUGAACAGGCAACCUAUGCUGGCUCAGUCCAGAAAAUGGACGGGAAGGAGUAGAGAGUAGCACUUGGCGAAGGGGGUGGCGGCGGCAUACAUGGGUGAACCGCUAAGGGAGGGAUUAUAAAUGAUCCAAUAUCUUUGGACAAUAUUUCCAGUUCAUGCAGGUUCAAAGUUUGGUGGGUACUCUGUGCUGUAAUCAAACUCCUUCCAACCACACAGACUUGCCCCAGCAGAAUAUCUGCUGAACUUGGUGUGCAGUGUAAGGGUGGAAAGGCAGGGAAAGGUAAAUUGUCAGGGUCAGAGGCUUCUUGUACUGAUGCAGUUUUUAAUUUGCCUUUUGAGCAUGCUUUGCCUUCAUGACAGAUGGAGAAUUGGAACAGCCCCCUACUUGGUACAGGAAGCCUGGAAACAAAUACAUUGUAAAUGCUGGUUAUUUAUCCAUUUAAAAAAACAAACAAACAACUCCAGUUCUUCUAUUCAAUGGUGGGGAUAUGGAUUCUAAUAUGAAGCAAAACAAGAGAGCCACAACUUGUUUUAAAAUAUAUACUUAUUAUAAACUUUAGGAAGUGGGUGUGUAGGCUCCUCUCAAUUUUUGUUAAAUGGCUUUAGAGGUGGUGGGGCAAGUUUUUUUUAACCAUACCAACUUUGUAUAGCAGGGUAUAUAUAUUUUUCUUCUGCUCAAAAGGUGUAGGUGUGUGCUUUUAUGUGGUAGAGAGCCUUCAAACACCUCCUUUAGCAGAACAGUUGAGUGACAAUGUGAGAGCGGCGUGCUGCCACUGAAUGAUCAUAGAAUGCGGCUGAGCAAGGGGGGGUCUUUCUAUUGUAUUUUUCAGAUGGAAUAAAGAACACAAAAG